GGGAUUGACCAGGGACCCCAUCUAGUAGGCACACUCAUUCACUCAGUUACUCUCUCCUCUCCCAGUCUGGGACGUCUAGGACUACUGUGUCUGUAGCUUUCUAACAGACGCCUCUCCAUACUCAGACAUGAUGCCUCGCAUCUUCCUCACCUGCUUGAGUUCUUUGCUCCUCCUCUUCCUCUCCCCCCCAACGCAUUCCGAACCCCGCCGACCGUCGUCAUCAUCACCACGCAGCAGGACCGCAGGCGCUCAGGCUCCCGUGGGCAAGGUGCGCCUGGCGGGAAACUAUGCCCAGGGACAUAAUGAGGGUCGUGUAGAGGUGCUGCACAACAACACGUGGGGGACGGUGUGUGAUGACGAAGUGGACAUCAAACUGGCCAAUGUCGUCUGCCGGGAGCUGGGCUUCCAGACCGGCAUGACAUGGGCGCACAGUGCCAAAUAUGGAGAGGGUGAUGGUCCUAUCUGGAUGGACAAUGUGCGUUGUGACGGCACAGAGAAGACUCUGAAAGACUGUAAACAUAACGGCUGGGGCGUCAAUGACUGUAAGCACUCUGAGGACCUUGGCGUGGUCUGCAGUCCGGAGCGACGACUGGACCAGGUCACAGGUUCGCGUAAUGGUCAGUCGGUUGCCCUGCGUCCGGAUGUCAGUCCCUCGCCCCAGUGGCAGAGCAUUCUGGCCAGCCGCAGUAACCCCCGACAGGCCCAUCAGGGAAACGGACACCUCCCGGAGAGCCCCAGGCUGAGACAACACCUCUACAACCCGUAUUCCAGCAAGGUGCGCAUUCAGGAGGUGCGUCUGCGACCCAUCCUGAUGCACACUAAGAAGCGGGCCCUGAUCACUGAGGGUGUGGUGCAAGUGAAGCAUGCUGGGAGAUGGAGGCAGGUGUGUGACCUGGGCUGGAACCUCAACAGCAGCAAAGUGGUGUGUGGAAUGCUGGGGUUCCCUGAGGCAGAACUACACAACGAAAGAACAUACAAGAAAAUCUGGGACGCCAAGGUUGCUGAUCCAUCCACAAGGCUGAGCCUCAUGGCUCGUAAAAAGGGUUUCUGGGUAGAGAAGGUUCACUGCCUGGGGUCAGAGACCAGCCUAUCAGAGUGUCACGCUCAGCUGUCCAUUCCACAUAGCCCCACCCCCUGUAAGAGUGGGAGACAUGCGGUGGCUAGGUGUGUACCGGGACCUCAGUUUGCACGUAUGUCAUCUGGAAGACCCCAGGCACCCCACCCAAUUGUGCCGGUGCGUCUGAAGGCUGGCCCCAGGCUGGGUGAGGGCCGGGUGGAGGUGCUGAAGGAGGGGAAGUGGGGGACCAUUGUAGACCACGUCUGGAACCGCGUCUCAGCUAGCGUGGUGUGCAGGGAGCUCGGCUUCGGAACCGCCAAAGAGGCCCUCACUGGAGCUUACAUGGGACAAGGUACUGGUCCUAUCCAUAUGAACAGUGUCCAGUGUUUGGGGACAGAGAAGUCUAUCCUAGACUGUUACUUCCAAGAUGUUCCUCUUUGGACGUUUAAACACACCCAGGAUGCUUCAGUACGCUGCAACAUCCCCAAGCUUGGCCUGGAUAGCACGGUACGAUUGGCGGGGGGCAGGGAGCCAGGUGAGGGGCGUGUGGAGGUACUGAUGGAUGUAGGGGGUCGUAAGAGAUGGGGGUCAGUCUGCAGUGAGAACUGGGGGAUCAACGAAGCCAUGGUGGUCUGUAGACAGCUGGGUCUGGGGUUCGCAUCCCGAGCACACCAGGAGACGUGGUAUUGGGCUGGGGAUCGUAACGCAGCAGAGUUGGUGUUGAGUGGAACCCACUGUGUUGGAACUGAGCUGUCAAUCCAACAGUGUCGCCGUAACAACCAUGUACACUGUCCCCGAGGGGGUGGGACUAAUGCUGCAGGGGUCACCUGUUCAGAGACUGCCCCUGACCUGGUACUAGAUGCCCAACUGGUUCAGGAGACAGUUUACCUAGAGGACCGACCCCUACACCUGCUGACCUGUGCCAACGAGGAGAACUGUCUGUCAUCCUCCGCUGCCAGAAUGAACUGGCCCUACGGACACCGGCGCCUGCUACGAUUCUCCUCCAGGAUUAUGAACAUGGGACGGGCCGACUUCAGACCUAGGGCUACUAGAGAGUCUUGGACAUGGCACGCAUGUCAUAGGCACUACCACAGCAUAGAGGUGUUCACCCACUAUGACCUGUUGACUCUGAAUGGAACCAGAAUAGCUGAGGGACACAAGGCCAGCUUCUGUCUGGAGGAUACAUACUGCCCUGAAGGUCUGCAUAAGCGUUUCUCCUGCUACAACAUGGGUGACCAGGGCAUCUCAGUGGGUUGCUGGGAUACGUAUCGCCACGACAUCGACUGUCAGUGGAUUGACAUCACCGAUGUCAAGCCUGGAGACUACAUCUUCCAGGUGGAAGUUAACCCUUCGUUAGACAUGGCUGAAUCAGACUUCCAGAACAACGUGAUGAGAUGUCGAUGCAAAUACGACGGACACAGAGCAUACAUGUAUGGAUGUCACGCAGGUGAUGCGUACAGUGCAGAGAUUGAGGACCUGUUCGAGCACCAACGGCAGAUCUCCAAUAACUUUGUCUAGGCCCAUUCAGGGCCCAGCGUUGGCACAGUCUGGUGCCCAGCGAAGAGGGCUCAGAGCUGGGAACAUAGACUUCUCAGGGUGGCCUGGGGUCUGGUGGGUCCAGGGACUCCUGCCCCACAACACUAGAGGACUCACAGAAUUGCACCUAUCCACCACCCUGACCUGCUGUUGGCUACACUACCCAAAAUACACCACAACCAGGAGAAGACCAUCACCCUUACCACACCCAACAGUCAAUAGCAACUGAGAGCAGGACAGGUGUCACCAAGGCAACCAAAUUAGUUCAGUUAACAAUGGAUAAUUAAAAUUCAAUCAACUGUUAGGUAAUUUGUUAGUUUAUGAAUGUGGAUUACUAGUAAUUUAGCUACUCAAAAUUUGUAUGAAUUAAUUCUGAUUAAGAUUAAAUUAUUGUCUGUCCAUGAUUUAAAAUGACUAACAUGUCAAAUCAAAUCAAAUGUAUUUAUAUAGCCCUUCUUACAUCCGCUGAUACCUCAAAGUGCUGUACAGAAACCCAGCUGUACAGAAAUCCAGCCUAAAACCCCAAACAUAUGCUUGGUCCCGUAUACCCGCGUUCCAGGAAAGGGGAAAGAAUGACUGAAAAGAGGUCUGCGUUAUCUGUUUGACUGUUGGUCUGUCUGGACAAAUGUCUCCUACAUCUACAUUAUCACAAUAUUGGUACUGUAAUCACAACCUUCCUGUAGACUUUGAUGUCCGUAGCUCUACAGUGGACCUCAAGGCCCGGGUUUGAAUACAUAGUUGUGUAUGAACCGUUUAUCUUAGUUUUUACAAUUUAAUUAGCUGUUUUAUUAUUGUGCAGGUAGUUAUAUUCGGAUGUGUUAACCAAUUUUUCUCAAAAUAGUGUAACUAGAGUAAAACUGAUACACAAAACUAAAUAGUGUUGAGUUAGUAAACAUUUCUCUCUUCUGUUUUUAAAUGACUAUUACAUGAAGGCCUUCAAGUUGGCUUUUGUGAUUUUAUCUUGAUACCAGCCAAGAAAAUGUAACUUGAUGUAGUUUACUUUAUUCUUUACUGUGUUAACUGAAUUUCAAUGCUUUUGGUGCAAAUCUUUUCCUAAUAUGUAAUGCUGCAGGUUCAUUUAUUUAAGGCUAACGCUUGCAUACUUUUUAUAUUGAUGAAACAUGUAAAGCAAACACAUUUUCACCCAAUAAGUCCCUAUCUAGGUUAUAUACUAGAAAAAAGGGUCUACCUAGAACCGAUGGUUCUUUGGCUGUCCCUGUAGCUCUGAGAAUUGGUUCCAGAAAAAAAAAUGUUGGGUUCCAGGUAGGAAAUAUUUUCUUAGAGUGUAACUUCAAAGGGUUGUAUCAUCUUAACUUUUCGUAUUCUUUUCACCAAAUGUCAAACUGAGAGACAGCUUUGUGCCAUCCAUCUCAGUGCACUUCUCCUUGUCCUUUUCCUGGCCUUCCCAGUGUGAGUGAAAGCAGGUUCGGCGGUAAACCCACAGCCAGGUAGACAGUGUAUAAAAAGCCUUUAAUUAGCUGUAUUUGGGUUAGAGUUAGGGUAAGCAUGGGGCGUACACUGAGAAACACUGCAACUGUGAACUCUGCUGUCACCAGCUACAGGCCUGGGUAGGAUAGACAGACUAGAGAGGGAGAGAGGGGGAAGGGAAGGGAAAGAGAGAGAGAGGGUGGGGGUAGAGAGGUAACAGAAAAAGGUUGACAGAGAGGACCAGAGAGAAACAGACUGAUAGAGAUAGAGAACACUGCCUUUGAAUGGGCAGAAAGCACAGGAGGUUGGCGACACCUUAAUUGGGGAGAACGGGCUCGUGGUAAUGACUGGAGCGGAAUCUGUAGUGUAUAAAAUACAUCAAACACAUGGUUUCCAGGUGUUUGAUGCCAUUCCAUUUGCUCCGUUCUGUGCAUUAUUGUGAGCUGUUCUCCCCUCAGCAUCCUCCACUAGCAGAGAGAGAUCAAAGAGAAAGAAAGAAAAGGAAAGAGGAGAAGCCUUGACGUGGGCAACACAACAUAUUUUACUACCAGUGAAAAUCCACCAUGGCCACUACUGCAGAAACCGCAUAACUGGCAUACUGAGCUCCUAAAGAGAACAAACAACAUGUUUGUCUGAGAGCAAAAUAAAUUGCUGGAUUCAAACAGUCAACAGCUGCUAUUGACGCACCAAUCUAUAUAGAAAUCUGUCAGUUUAAGAUAGAUGAAUCCGUUUUUUUGUUGCAUGGGCUGCAUCUCAAUCUGCCUAUGUUGCACUUCCCGCAUCUGCGGUGGAAAGUGACAGAGCUACAGUGCUGUUUGUCAGACCACAAGUCAUCCCGAAAAUCUGUCUUCUCACAAAAACCUCCGUAGCAUCCGAACGGUUUGGCCUAAAAACCUCUAUAGAAAGUGGAGACUCACAAACAUGAUUGUGUUCUCCGUUUUUGUUCUACGAUCCCCACAAAUGUCACAGGACUUAUCUAAAGGCAACCCAUACAAAUGAAUGGUAGUAUGGAGGUAGUUUAAAACCAACAAAAAUAAGGUGUUAAAUAAAUAAAUAUGUGUCAAAUAAAUACAAAUAUUCCCUGA